GCUUCAUUGCAAAACCAACAGAACAAUGGCAAACAUUUUCCAAUCGGUAUUGAUUUUUAGUGCGAUUGCAGUUACUCUUUGUCAUGCAGGACCGGCCAAAUUGGAUAAAAUUCGCACAACAAGGAAUAGGUUCCUUGCUCGUCAAGAAGUGAUGGCCGAUGAGGACAUACCAGCUCAGACUCCAUACCCCCCAGCUGGAAUUCGACCAAAAGUUCCCUUUGAUCUUCCCACAGAAGAGAGGCUUGCGGCACCGGUUAAUCAUUAUCUCCCCCCAUCGACUGAUGCAGCUAUGUUCUAUUCUGCGCCAGCUGAAUUUUAUGGACCGCCAGCUGAGACUUAUGGUCCACCUGAGGUCAACAAUGAAGAUGGAAAUGGAAAGAGUGUAACAGAAGGUCCAGAAGAAGAAACAGAAACAGAAACACAAACUGAGGAUGCCCAGACAGUAGAAACUGUAACUGAAGAAACUGAUAUUGUUGAACUACCUGAAGAAGAGAAACCAGCAACGAUUGAUGAAGACAAGGCUGACGAUGCAGAGGCCUCUGAAGAUAACUUUAUCCCAGAACGUUUGGUUUUGGCUAAAAGUAAAAGUGCUAUAAAGGCUGCUAAACUCAAACAAUUUGCUCCUUUAACACAUAAAACUUCUAGGGCUCAGUUCUAUUUGAUCAAUGGGUCUUUAUACACUGUUGCCUAA